UGCUGAUGCGAUAUAUUCCGGCAAGAGACACACACGCACACAUACACAGCACACAUAGUCGUGCUAUAAUUUGUGAGUGUGUACACAGCAUGGCCAGUAUAUACACACACGACAACUGCCGCCUAAAUUCAGUCGCGUGCAAACGGCAAGACACGGCGCGGCUAUACACUCGCAUCUCGCUCUCAGGCCGAAUCGUAACGCGUACAUAAUAUACAGCACUCGUGUGUGUGCACUGCUCUCUCUCAGCUAACGAUUUGUGCAGUCUACACCGAUACAACAACGCAACAUAUACAUAAAUUCAGUCGCGCGUAAUGCAAGCCGACUGCGGCUCGGAGCUUUCGCUCUUUCUCUCGUUGCGGCCCUAAUUGAUCGCGAUGAUUAAACUGGGUGUUGGCGGCUUUUUAUUUUUUUAAACACAGCUCUCUCGGUCCUCUCGUCUCUGGCUGCGUGAGAAAAAUUAAUUGAAUCGUCGUCCGUGCGGCCGAUUAUGCACGUGAUGCGCGCGAGCUCGCGCAUGUCUGUGAUGCGGCUACGUCUCUUGACUCUGAGCCGCUGCUGCUGCUGCCGCUCUUGCUGCAGUGCUGCGUGCAGUUAUUUUAAAAGUAAAUUACCGAGUGCGUCUGCUGAGUCGGCCGACUGGGAAAUGCCGGCGAAAAGAGCGCGUGUGAAUUACGCGAGUGCAUAGUGUGACCAGUGAACCGAAACCAUGCCCUCGUGCGUCGUCUUGACCCUUGUGACGCUUCUCAUCGCUGCGGGCUGCAUCGCGAGCACCUCUUUACACUAUCCUCGGAUCGUCCAUCCACGUGUGAUACCCAGCGCCGAACUGUCUCGCGAUCGCCGCUCGCUUCACCACGGCUCCCCUCUCAAGAAGGCCGACCAAGAUGACGAGGACGCGCUUUACGUCUCGCUGCACCGCUGGAUUCUCAAGACCCAGCCGAAUCGACGCUUGCUUUUCAGCUCGGAUUUCCAAGUGCAGUGGGCCGGCGACUCGAGGCAGAACUCGUCCUCGCUGGACUCGUGCGAGAGCCGAGAGGGCCGCAUCCAGGGCAAAGAGGCCCGUUCCCAAGUCAUACUGACGAGGUGUCGAGACGACUUCUUCGGCUUGAUCAUACUGGACUCGCGAACCUACCUGAUCGAGCCGUUGACGCAGCAGACGGCCAGCGGUGGCGAGCACCUGCUCUACGAGGCCGACUACGCGCGAGUCAGGCGCGACCUUGCCGGCGAUUUUCAGGCCUCCCUCGUCUACGAGAGCAGCGACAGGACCUACUACAAUCUCACCGGUGACACUUUUGCGCGUGAAAAUUACGACGAGACGCCGAACUUGCUGAAGCAGAGCGCUCGGUUGGAGUCUCGAAAUAAUCGUCUAGACGGCGUCGUCGAGAGUAGCACCGGCAGUAGCAGCACCUACGACGAUCACGACUACUAUCUCGAUCCUUUUUCCAACAAAAAAUCGACAUCGACAUCGCCGAAGAUGACGGGCCAAACAAACACUUCAUCCGUAUCAUCGAUGUCGGCUUCGAAAUGGCUUGAAUUGGCAAUCGUGGCGGAUUACUCGGUAAUCGAUUUCCAUGGCUCGCGAGUCCAACAAUAUCUCUUGGCACUUCUAAACAUCGUAAGCGCGAUUUAUCAAGAUCCAUCCCUCGACGCGAACAUGCAGGUGGUAGUCAGUCGCAUGAUCCUCUACAGCGACAAAAAGGACAGCAUGGUACAUCAGGGCAAUGCGCGUCGCUCGCUCGAGAACGUGAACAAGUGGAACCGCAAAUUGUUGGCUUCGGACUCGGACGACGUUACCGCGAGCAGACACGACGUGGCCGUAUGGUUGACUCGAUUGGACAUCGGCGGUCCAUCUGGCUACGCUCCCGUAUCCGGUGCCUGCGAUCCAGCCAGAUCCUGCGCUCUGAAUCGCGACGAGGGCUUCACCAGCGCCUUUAUAAUCGCCCACGAAGUCGCUCACAUAUUGGGCCUGUCGCACGACGGCGAUAAAAAUGCGGGCAAUAGCUGCGCGAGAGAGGCCGCGCGGGGCAGCAUAAUGGCACCGAUGGUCGCAGCGACCUUUCAUAAUUUCUACUGGUCUACGUGCUCGAGGAAAGAAUUUCAGCGCCGAGCCAAGCUCUGGACUUGCUUGGACAAUCAGCCCGAGAUUUUCGACGAAAAUCACCCGCAGGUCAAGCCGAGCAACGAAGUGUUCGGCAUGGACGAGCAGUGCCGGAUGGAAUUUGGAGAUGGCUACAGCCGGUGCAAGAACUUGGAGUCGACGAAUCUGUGCUCUCAUCUGUGGUGCGGCCGGGUCAACAGUACCAUGCAGGCCUGCAAGACGAAGAAGGGACCGCCUCUCGAGGGCACGAUUUGCGCCGAAAACAAGUGGUGCGUAAACGGGUCGUGCGAACCGAUCGAUCGAGCGAGAUACGAUCCGAAGCCGCUGCUAGCUCGGGGCUCCGCUGAGAACACUUGGAGCUCUUGGAGCGAGUGCUCGAGGACUUGCGGUGUGGCGGUGCAGCACAGACAUAGGCGCUGCGAUGCCGACUGCAAAAACGCCAGGGAGUUUCGAAUUUGUCGGGAUCUGCCGGAAUGCGAGGAUCGGAUCGACUUGCGGGCUCGUCAAUGCCUGCGAUUCGUCGAUAACGUGGCGGACUCGACGAAAAAGAGCAGCUAUUAUCAAGCUCGUAAUCAGAGCAGCGGCAACGCCUGGAUUCCUCACGUACCGCAGCAGGGCACUCCGAGCUGCCGACUCGUCUGCUACAACCGAGACUCGGGCGAAAUAUUCCACACCGGCUUGAACGUCGAGGACGGCACGCCGUGCUCUUACGACUCCUCGGACGUCUGUAUCGAUGGCAUCUGCCGUCCGAUGGGCUGCGACCGUGUAUUAGGCUCGGGGCGCAAGCGAGAUGCGUGCGGUCGAUGCGCCGGUGACAACUCAACCUGCGAGGUCAUCGGGGACAAGUUUCAGCGGAAGCUACGUCGAGAAACGACUCGAUUGGCAGUCAUACCGAAAUUCGCCUACAAUAUCAAAAUUGUCGUGACGAUUUUACUCGUGGAUUCGAUACCGCAUGAAGGAAAUAUGAAAAUUCUCAUACGUGACAGUCGGAGGAAACGACACGAGAUAAGCAAUUUUGACAGUGAAGGGCGAGCUCCUAUAAUGGUAAUCGAAGGUGCCGCCUUCCGAAUCGAAAGACUCGAAGAGAAGUAUGUGCUGUGGAGUAGAGGACCCACCUCGAGCGAAAUUGUCGUUUCUUUAUCUACAGUCAAAUCAAUAAUCCGUGGAGGCGCUUCGAUAUCAACUUCUUCUCAAUUUACAAUAGAGCGCGGCAAAUUGAGCCCAUCUCGAGGAAAGUACUCGUGGUUUCCCGAUUCCGCCGAAGCUUGCUCGGCUCAAUGUGGCGGUGGAACGAGAAAACGACAUCUCGUUUGUCGCGAUACAGUUAAACGAGAGCUGGUCUCUCGCAGAAGGUGCCUCUUAAUCGCCAAACCACCGAAUUAUACAGAAAUCGAAAGUUGCAACGCCCACAGUUGUGAAUACACGUGGAUAGCCGGUUCCUGGGAGCGUUGCACCUACAAGCUAGGAAACACAUGCGCGAGCUCGGGUAUUCAGCAACGAAGUCUGUACUGCGUUCGCAGGUCACUCGGGAUACGACAGGUGACACACGAAAAUGAACUCAAAGUCUACCGAAACACUUUGCCACCCUUGGUUUGCCGAGACCAACCGCAGCCCGAAACGGUACGCUCUUGCGGUGGUCAGAAGAAUUAUUGUCCUGGCCAGUGGGUUUAUUCCGAUUGGUCACCUUGCUCGAAAAAUUGUGGACGCGGUAUACAAAAACGCAAAGCUCGCUGCAUAACAAAACCAUCCAACAAUAAUGUUCCUCACUACAAACCAUUGCUCGCCAUCCAACCUUUACUUUUAGACGCUUGCAAUGCAACUCGAGCACCCGAUGAAAUAAGAACUUGUCGAGUUAAUUAUGGCUGCGGCAGUCACCGUCAAAGCCCACCAACGACUUCUUGGAUCUGUCAAGACGAUGAGAAAAUAUUUUGUGCAUCGAAAAAUCUCAAAGUUAGAUGUAAAAAUGCGGCGUUUAGAAAAAGAUGCUGCCAUUCCUGCAAAUCUGGAAAAUAAAAGUAGAAAAUUGAUCUGCGCUUAAAAAAAUUUUAGACAACUGAGUAAAGACUGAUGAAAACACGCGAAGCUUUAACUAUGUAUAAUAAUAAUUUUUAAAAUACUUUUUGUUAUUCCAAUAAGAAUAAUGUACAUAAAA